GUCUGCAUGCUCCUUGCCCGCCCGUUGGCAUUUCAGCCCAAGUGGGCAGCAGUGCCUUUUUUUUUCCCUCACAGUGUCGUAUGUACGUACUACACUCGAACUUCCGGCCAUUGCCUAGUCAAAGUAGUCAGACCUACCCAGGAGACCCAAGUGGAGGUGCAGGACAACCGAUACAAAAUAAAGACCCGGCUAUUUUGGAGCCUGACUGUCUUGAAUCUUUUUUUCUUCGAUUGUAAUAAAUAACCCACAUGGACCUCGCUUCCUUCCUCCCGUCCAUAGCCCCCUUCCUAGCAUUGCUGUCUGAAUAAGCUUGCCAGGGCUCAUUACUUAGAUCAUCCAUCACUCCAUGAUCAUCAUCGUAAAAGAAACCUAUUUUCAGUACCAAGCAUUUACCUCUUUAAUACCACCCCAGCUACAGGAUUUUUAACAGUCCUGCUCGUAUUCCCAGUCAAGACUCUUUUUUAUUUAUUUUGUCUUUUUAUCAACCACAACCAGCCGAGUCUACGUUUACUCAUCCAUUCGCUUUCACUCAAACGUUUUACUAUCGACUGUCAACUACCAACAUAUUACAUUAAUACAUUCACCACACACAGCAAAGCCAACAUGUCGUCACCGGGUUCUUCAGACUACAUGCGCAUGGGAAGGAGAGAUUCGGCUUCGAGUAGUACCAAAAGGAGCUCCAGACCGAGACUCCUAAGAGCUUCUGCCACGGAGCCGUCCUUGUCAGCAUCUACAGCUACCCAUGGAGCAGCACUUGCUAGCCCUCCGCACUCAUCGAGCAGACGAGCCACCGAUAUAUUAAAUCGAGUGGCCUACAUCAGCGGUACAUCGCCACCCUCCGGUCAAAGCCCAUUAUACGAGGGCAUGAAUGAAAGGACCGACACCUUGUCAUCGUCACCUACCUCUCACAGCACUGAUGAAUACUACACACGUCCUCACGCCUCAGAGAGGUACUUCAGCUUUCCCAGCUUUGACACUUGGGAGGGCCAAGAAGACAACAAGGACAAUGAGGACAAGUCUGGCGACUGAAGCCAAGAUUUUGCUAGCCCUGUCACCAAUCAACGAUAGAGGCAAACCAAAACAAAAAAUUAUAUUCCCUUUUCCUUCUCUCUUUAGGGAAGCGGGUUUUUCUCGAGGCGCUUCCCGGAUUUACCCAAUAACGAUGACGAUAUAAUGAACAAAAAAAAAGCCACCCUUAUUACCACCAACGAGUAAUCAGUCAUCCGGAUCGAGGGCACCAUCAGGUUAAGAUGAUCACAAAAACUUAUCCGGAUCGAGUACAGCAAUGCAAGCGCAGAGUCGAGACCAGGUUCUAGACAUCGACGAUGAGGACCACGGCCAACCAGAGUACUGGGCCGGGAUUUCAUGAUCGUCGUUGCACAGAGCUGGGGCCGGUGUACAAGUACAUGGGAGGGACGGAAGAGGUGACAGGGCACACAACUAAAGGCCGAUCGGUGCUAUUUCCCCGACCAUGCCUUCCUUGUGUUGUGUCUAUCCGUCCAGUCAACGACGGGCGUGGUGGAGGAGUAUUGUUACGUGGAAUGGGAACCGCGACGAAUGAGAAAGGCGAUGGAGCCAUGUAAUGGUGGAGAAGAACCACUUACCAAACUCGCAUGCAUAGAGACCCAACGCCUCUAGCCGAGCAUGACGCUUAAAUGUUAGAAAAGAAUAACUAAAAUAAAAACAAAAUUGUUACAAAGAACCUAUCGACCCCAGCCGGGAGCC